UUUUUGGUAGAUGACACAUGCAAAUAAUUUUAAGUAAAAAUGGACUUGACUAGUCUGCCUGAGAUACAGACGUAUUUAAUCGUGAGGUUGUUAUAUUUGAAAUCGGAUGAAUUUUAUGAAGCUACUUUUCUGCCUGUCAAGUAUUCGGUAGAACUAAAAUUUUCAUAAUUCUAGAUAUACAAAGACUAUAAACGAUAAAUACUCGAUACAUUUAGCAGUGGUGAUUUUUAUAUUAUUUGGUUGCGAUACCAUGGAAAUGUACAGGAUUGCGAAGGCGUCGACUAUCGGAGCAGCUUUAAGAUCAUUUUUAUUUGUAGUAGCAGGCGUGCUCCAAAUGUUCCUGAUGUGCUUCGCUCUACCCGCUCAAAAAUUAACUGACGAGGCUAACAAAGCAGGCGAAAGUAUCUACUUCAGUCUUUGGUAUAAUCACCCGGAACACGCAAAGCCUCUCGUUAAUAUAAUAGCCAGAAGUAACAAACUAGUCAAAAUUGUUCCUUGUGGCAUACUGGAGUUUAGCUUGGAAAAAGGACUUGCUGUAAGUUAA